CUACUAAAAAGCAACACAGUGAUGAUGUAGAAGAAACUCUAGAACAUGAAGUAACUCCAGAACGUGAUGAUAUUCCACCUUCUGGAAUGGUUCGGCGUCAUCUUGAACGUGGUGUUCGCCUUCCGGAUGGGUUUCAACCUUGA